AUGGCGGUGAAGUGGACAACAAAGUGGAAGUGGCCGACUUACCUGAACGCGGAUACUGUGGAGUGGUGUCCAAUAGAGCCGUACACACAUAUACUCGUGUGUUCAACGUACCAGCUAGAUACUAAGGAUGAAGCUGCGAACGGUCGUAAACAAAGGCGUCUUGGAAGGAUUAAUGUGCUAUCAAUAACGGAUGAUAUGAAAGAGAUUGUUCCCAUACAAACUAUAGACGCAUCUGGGGUGUUAGAUCAGAAAUGGUGCCAUCAUAAGGUUCAAGGUUACCCCGUGCUAGGACUCGUGACGUCUGAAGGAUAUUUGCAGCUCUUCCGUCUAGUUGACACCGAUCGUUUGAAGUUAGAACUCUGGUUGGAAGGUCAGCUCGGUCGAGAUGUACUAGCGCUUUCACUCGACUGGUCCACCAAUAAAAUAUUGAACGAAGAGCCGCGUUUAAUAGCCAGUGAUACUUCGGGAACUAUAACCUUGACGAAGGUUGUUGGGAAUUUCAUGAGGAAGAUAGGGAAAUGGAAAUGUCAUUCCUACGACGCGUGGGUCACCGCUUUCAACUACUGGAACACAGAUCUGUUUUACUCUGGUGGUGAUGACUGUUUGUUCAUCAGCUACGAUGUGAGGACGCCGCUGCCUGUGCUAAUCAAUCAAAGUCAUAACGCUGGAGUGACAGCCAUUAAGAGCAGCGUAGACGUAGAAUACCAACUCCUCACCGGAAGUUACGACGAAAAAGUACGUCUAUGGGAUACGAGGAACCUAAAACGCUGCAUUUCAGAGUGCGAGGUCAAUGGAGGAGUAUGGAGGUUGAAGUACAAUCCGAAUGAAAAAAGCGUCGUCGUAGCGGCCUGCAUGUACGGCGGCUUCAGAUUACUCCGUAUCAAUAAAGACGUGAAAGUCAUGUACGAGUAUCUUGAACAUGAGAGCAUCGCGUAUGGAGCCGAUUGGAAAUAUGACGACAGAUCAGUUGUAGCCACUUGCUCCUUCUACGAUAGUAUGAUGCACAUCGGAGAAGUCACAUUUUAG